AUGCUGGAUCACCGAGCCAGGAUGGAGAGCGGCAGGAAGGAGAAGGUGGAGCAGAUCCUGUCGGAGUUUCGGCUGAGGGAGGAGGACCUGAAGAAGGUGAUGUACCGGAUGCAAAAAGAGAUGGACCGAGGGCUAAAGCUGGAGACGCACGAGGAAGCCUCUGUCAAAAUGCUGCCCACCUACGUCCGCUCCACGCCUGAGGGCUCAGAGGUCGGAGAUUUCCUGUCGCUGGACCUCGGCGGCACCAAUUUCCGCGUGAUGCUGGUAAAAGUGGGCGAGGGGGAGGAAGGGCAGUGGAAGGUGAAGACGAAGCACCAGAUGUACUCCAUCCCGGAGGAUGCCAUGACGGGAACGGCCGAGAUGCUCUUCGACUACAUCUCCGGGUGCAUCUCCGAUUUCCUGGACAAGCACCAGAUGAAGCACAAAAAGCUGCCCCUGGGCUUCACCUUCUCCUUCCCUGUGCGGCACGAGGACAUUGACAAGGGCAUCCUCUUGAAUUGGACCAAGGGCUUCAAAGCCUCCGGCGCAGAAGGGAACAACGUGGUCGGGCUCCUGAGAGACGCCAUCAAACGGCGAGGGGACUUCGAGAUGGACGUGGUGGCGAUGGUGAACGACACGGUGGCCACGAUGAUCUCCUGCUACUACGAAGAUCACCGGUGCGAGGUUGGGAUGAUUGUGGGGACGGGCUGCAACGCCUGCUACAUGGAGGAGAUGCAGAACGUGGAGCUGGUGGAGGGCGACGAGGGGCGGAUGUGCGUCAACACGGAGUGGGGGGCCUUCGGUGCCUCGGGGGAGCUGGACGAGUUCCUCCUGGAGUACGACCGCGUGGUGGACGAGACCUCACUUAACCCCGGUCAGCAACUCUACGAGAAGAUCAUCGGGGGGAAGUACAUGGGGGAGAUCGUCCGGCUGGUGCUGCUGAAGCUGGUGGACGAGAACCUGCUCUUCAACGGGGAGGCCUCCGAGAAGCUCAAGACCCGCGGGACCUUCGAGACCCGCUUCGUGUCGCAGAUCGAGAGUGACUCCGGUGACCGCAAGCAGAUCUACAACAUCCUGACGGCCUUCGAGCUGCUGCCCUCGGGGACAGACUGUGACAUCGUGCGGAUGGUCUGCGAGAGCGUCUCCACCCGCGCCGCCCAGAUGUGCUCGGCCGGGCUGGCCGGCGUCAUCAACCGCAUGCGGGAAAGCCGGAGCCAGGAGACCCUCAAAAUCACCGUGGGGGUCGACGGCUCCGUCUACAAGCUCCAUCCCAGCUUCAAGGACCGCUUCCACGCCACGGUUCGACAGCUGACGCCCGGCUGCGACAUCACCUUCAUCCAGUCGGAGGAAGGCAGCGGGCGCGGGGCCGCGCUCAUCUCGGCCGUCGCCUGCAAAAUGGCCUGCAUGAUGGGGCAGUGA